AUGUGGAUGUACAUCAUAUAUGUUUUAAGCAAGUUUUCUUUCUUCAUUUCUUGCCUUGUUAGGCUUCUGUUCUCAUUAGGCCGUGCUACUGCUGGAAUAUUGGGAUGUGGAAGUUCUAACUGUAUCAAGUUACCAGAGAAAUCAACUCAACAAGAGAAACAUACCAUGGAUUUUCAGCAAAAUGAAGUGCAUACCAAUCUUGAUCAGUUCUGGCCUGUCACUCAUCCAAUAGAGCCCUUAGAGGAAGAUCAACCUGUGAAAUGUCCAAUGCCACACACUUGUGUAGUAAAAGAUAAUGAAGAAAAGGAAGAGCAGUUUUUUUCAGAGACUUUGAGGAGAAAGGCAAAACUUUUAGAAGUUACAGAACACAAGGAGAUGGUGGUGGGAAGAGAUCAUCCUCCCCGCGCAGUGCGCAGAAGGCAUCACAUAAGGAGUAACAGGAAAAAUACUGCAGAAAGUUCCAAUGCACCUCUCUAUCCUUUCCCUUCCUCCAAGGACAUGAUCUUCACUAAGUUGGGACAUCUUUACUAAGUGGAAAUUAUUUGCAUUAUCUAGCAUUUUCAACUAUAUAAAGCUGUAUAUUAAUGUAUUAGCAUCAUAUAGAUAUAUGUUCAACUCCGUUGCCAUAUUUGAGCACUUGGUAUUUUUGUU